AAUCGACCCCGACCCCAACCUCAACAUGACUCACGGGUAUGUAAUUCGUGUUGAAUCAUUCUUCUCUUUCCACCCCAAACCGCAAGAAAACCCAAGCACCAAGAACCAAGAACCAAGAACCGAAGCCACCACGGCUGCACCAGUGACUGCCUCAAAAACAUGGGUGCCUUCUACGAGACCAUCCCCGAGUCCCAGAUCGCAUGGAUCAUGAAGCAGAAGAUGUUCUGCGUGGCCACGGCCCCGCUCUCGGGCUCCGGCCACGUCAACGUCUCGCCCAAGGGCGGCGAGUACUUUGGCGUUCUUGACCCAAAGACGUUCUGGUACAUGGAGCUGACCGGCAGCGGCUCCGAGACCAUUGCCCACCUGCAUGAGCCCGGGAACGGGAGGAUCACCGUCAUGUUCAACGCCUUUGACGGCCCGCCCAGGAUCAUCCGCCUGUGGGGGAAAGGACGAGUGCUCGAGAACGGGUCCAGCGAGUUCCGUUCCUUCGUGUCAGAUCAUAACGUGGAGACACUUCCCGGCACGCGAUCGAUCAUCAUAGUCGAUAUCCACCAGGUUGGGUCCUCGUGCGGAUUCUCCGUCCCGUACUACGAUUUCAAGGCGCAUCGCCAAAUCCUUAACGACCAUUUCCGGAAAAAGGAAGAGAAGUUCAAGGCGGGCAAUGUGAAUGAGAGUGUAGAGAGAUACUGGGCCUUCAAGAACUCUUGGAGCAUGGACGGACUGCCUGCCAUGAAGAAGGGCCUCGAGGUCGGCAAGCGAGAAAAGGUAGAGCCGAUCAAGAAGAUGGUCGGGCCAUUGGCACCGAAGAACAAUCAGAAGGGCGGCGGUGCUGCUGGCCUCACACUCGAAAUCGUUGUGGCCAUUGCCCUCGUGAGCUUCAUCCUCGGCGCUCUGCUGGCCCUAUACGGUCGGGACAUCCUGGCCCUUGGUCCUCCGAGGACAUUUACGCUGCCAUUUACCGACAGAGGCUCCUUACCAGUGCCAGCCAUCUUCAAAUCGCUAUACUCGUACACAUGAGCGAGCGACCAGCGAACGAUCGAUCGGGCGAGCUGGUUAUCCUCCUGGUCUCAAAAAGUUUAUCAUAAUAUAUAUUAUACGGCCUUGGCUACGGGUCGGGUCCGUCAAAAUAUCGGGAACGACUCUGUCAGUUG